AUAAAUAUUGUACUUACUAUUGAAUGUUAUCAGUACAUAUCAGUCCAUCUGUGUAGUUGCUUCUCUAUUGAAAACAUGAAGCUGUUCAUUCUUCUCAGUGUAUGCGCUUGGGCCAGAGCUGCCAAAUUAGAUAACACCUACCUGCCCCCAUCUAAUGCCGGCACAGCAGGAGGUUCUGGAAACUUCUUGCAAACACCUACAGGCCCAUCAGGGCGCAAUCAGUUCAGUAACGGAAAUAACGUUAACGGAAACAACUAUGGGAGAAAUGGCGGAAACGGAUAUAACCAGAACGGAAAUGGAUUCAACCAAAACGGCAAUGCUGGUCAAUAUGAUAAUGGUUUUAAUAGUUUCGAUAACCGUCCAGAACGCGCUCAGGCUGCUUUCGAGAGAAACGCCGCUAUUCUCCGUCAGGACAAUUCCAACGAUGGAGAAACUUAUUCGUAUGCUUAUGAAACGGAGAAUGGUAUUUAUGCUGAAGAAAAUGGCGUAGCCACCAAUGGUGUUGAGGCUCAGGGUGGAUUCUCUUACACUGGUGAUGAUGGACAAGUUUACAGCAUCAGAUAUACAGCUGAUCAAAACGGAUUUGUCCCUCAAGGCGACCAUCUCCCCACUCCUCCUCCAAUCCCUGAAGAAAUUUUGAGGGCUUUGGAGCAGAACGAGCGUGAUGAAGCAGCUGGCAUCUUUGAUGAUGGAUCCUACAACGAAGCUAAAUACGGCAGCGGCGACCAGUACAACGGAAACAAUUACAACGGUAAUGGAAACAAUUACAACGGAAACGGAAACUUCAACAGCGGAAACAACUACAACGGAAACGCGUACAACAACUAUCAGGGCGAUGAAGACAGCGUGGUCACUACCUCUGCUUUAUUCCGUAACAGCGCUAGACAACAAAACAACAACGAUAACGUGAGGACGGGUGGCUCUAAUGGAAAUGGUGUUAACAAUGCCUAUUUGCCACCUACAUCGAGAAACGGAAACAGAAAUAACGGAAACGGUUUCGGUACCAGAAAUCGUCAGCCCACAUUCAACGAACGCGAAGGCUACAGAUUCUAAUCAAUGAUUGUUUUAUAAAUUUAUUUGUUUGUAUAUAUUUAUCAAUAACAUGA